AUGUCGUUCCUCAAUGUCAUUUCUCAGCUCACAGCUGAUACAAGCCUUUCACCACCACGAACUGAUAAAGCAGGAUUUCGUAUUCCCAAAAAACACAUCGCCGCCACUUCUCGCGAUCGAAUAGCUAGCAGCGCUCAUGGGACUAGUGAUGGCGGACGAGAUCAAUCGUUUUCUAAGAAGUCUCAUGCAAACCCACCUCCCUCAAAGAUCGAAAGAGGUCCACAUAUCAUUGAUUGGUCGUGGCUCUAG